UAAAUAUUGACCAAGAAUGGGUGUCUUACCUGCUUACGAACGGAGGCCUGCUUCAUCAAAAGACUUAUUGUACCGAAGCAAUCAGGGGAUGUUUAAGAGGCUAAACUAUAAAACUAUAUCUUACCUAAAUGCACUAUAUUACUUCUUCGAAGAUCUCACUGGGUGUGACAUGAAAUAUUAUUAUGGAACCAAUAUUAACAGCGAGUUAUUGGUGACAGGGGAAAUGGAGAUCAUGAGAGAUCAUAAAAAUGAUGAACUAGAACUCUAUGUUCUUAAUGGAACAUGGGCUAUUGAUGAAAUGGUUAGUAUUUACUCAGGUCAUACUCUUUUACAUGAAGCUGUUACAUGUUAUAACCCUGAAGGUUUUAAGUUUUUAGUAUCUCAAAAAGCUAAUUGAAUGGCUAGAGAUCGUAAUGGAUAUACUCCUUUGUUAAAAGCAGCCUCUUGAGGAUUUCUAGAUAUGGUGCAAGGGCUAGUAGAAGCAGGAGUUGAUCCUCGCCACACAGAUACCUUUGGAAACACCCCUCUUGAUAAAGCCAAACUUUAUGAACAUCAAGAUGUCAUUGAAUAUUUAGAAGAAGUCAUACAAAAGGUUGAAAAGCAAGAAGAAAUUCUUCGAAAUGGAGAAGAAAUCGAUGAAAAAGAUCUUAUAAAGUUCCUAAACUGGGAAGAAGAGUCAUUAGAUCACAGAGGUAGAUUCCGUACUUAUUUUGAUUACAGGUCUUGAUAACUAAAAAUAUUAACUCUCUUCUAUUUCAAUCUUUU